UCUGAGACAUACCAAGCUUACACGCAAGAAGCUCAGAGCAGCAAAAGAGAUCUCUAUAAAUCUAAUCCUAGCCUAGUCUGCACAUCAAUAAACAAGGAUAACACCACCAGUUGAUGCAGCACUCUACUCUUUUAUCACUGUUGGAUGACUGAAGACUUAACAUCUACCCUGCUGCUUAAAAUCUGAGAAUCUCCUCCAGCAUUCCUGAUGGAGAGGUUGAAAUCCAAUGGCGGGGAGCACGUUAACGCCGCUUAUGAUCCCACCCUGGAUGGACCUCCUGUCUAUGAGGAAAACAACGAACACCGGACUGUGCGGCCCUCGGUGGUCAGCGCCUUUGGUCAUGACACUUUGGACAGAGUGCCCAACAUUGACUUCUAUCGCAAUGCAGGUAGUGUGAGUGGUCACCGGGCGGUGCGACCAUCCCUGCAGGAGCUCCAUGAAGUGUUUCAGAAGCAGAAUGGAGCGAUCUCUGUGCCAGACACCGUGGAGGACGAUGGUGAAGGGAGUGACGGGACCCCCUCUGAUGAUCUGGAGUCUGCCGCUCCCAUUGACACCAACAAAGGAGUAGUAAAAUUUGGCUGGAUCAGGGGUGUCCUGGUGAGAUGCAUGCUGAACAUCUGGGGUGUUAUGCUGUUUAUCCGUCUGUCCUGGAUUUUUGGUCAGGCUGGCUGGGGUCUGGGAAUUGUGGUUAUUGUUCUCAGCUGUGUGGUCACCACCAUCACUGGCCUUUCCAUGUCUGCCAUCUGUACUAAUGGUGUGGUCAGAGGAGGAGGAGCCUACUACUUGAUAUCUCGCAGUUUGGGGCCAGAGUUUGGUGGGUCAAUUGGUCUCAUUUUCGCCUUCGCCAAUGCAGUGGCUGUGUCUAUGUACGUGGUGGGAUUUGCUGAGACUGUGGUCGACUUGCUCGAGGACCACAAUGCCAUCAUGGUGGAUGAGCUAAAUGACAUCAGGAUCAUUGGCUGUAUUACAGUGGUGUUGCUGUUGGCCAUAUCAGUUGCUGGAAUGGAAUGGGAAGCCAAGGCUCAGAUCGUUCUACUCAUUAUCUUGCUGGUGGCCAUCGCGAACGUCUUCGUAGGAACAUUCAUUCCUACAACCACUGAUGAGAAUUCCAAAGGCAUCUUCAAUUAUAACUCGAAAAUAUUCAUAGAGAAUUUCCCUCCGGAUUUUCGAGAGGGCCAGACAUUCUUUUCAGUGUUUGCCAUCUUUUUCCCUGCUGCAACCGGGAUCCUGGCUGGAGCUAACAUCUCUGGUGACUUGAAGGAUCCCCAAGGAGCCAUACCUAAAGGUACCUUACUCGCCAUCCUGAUAACUGGUGUCACCUACCUGGGUGUGGCUCUCUGCGUCUCUGCCACUGUUGUCCGUGAUGCCACCGGAAAUGACACAGACCUCAUUAUUCCUGGAGCUAAUUGUAGUGGUCCAGCAGCAGCUGCUUGUGAGCUCGGCUAUGACUUCUCGUCCUGUGCAGUAGAAAAAUGCGAUUUUGGCCUGGUUAACGAACUUCAGGUGAUGACAAUGGUGUCUGGAUUUGGCCCCCUCAUCAUUGCUGGAACUUUUUCAGCCACCCUUUCAUCAGCCCUGGCUUCCCUCGUCAGUGCACCCAAAGUCUUCCAGGCACUGUGUAAAGACAACAUCUACACGAUCCUGCACUUCUUUGCCAAGGGACACGGCAAGAACAACGAGCCAAUCCGCGGCUAUGUGCUCACAUUCAUCAUUUCUGUGGCCUUCAUUCUCAUUGGUAAUCUCAACACCAUCGCUCCUAUCAUCUCAAACUUCUUCCUGGCAUCUUAUGCUCUGAUCAAUUUCUCCUGCUUCCAUGCAUCCUACGCCAAGUCUCCAGGUUGGAGACCAGGAUAUAAAUACUACAACAUGUGGCUAUCCCUGUUGGGCGCAUUGCUCUGCUGCGUUGUCAUGUUUGUUAUCAACUGGUGGGCUGCUCUACUCACAUACGGCAUUGAAAUCCUCCUCUACGUUUAUGUCACCGUUAAGAAGCCGGAUGUGAACUGGGGUUCGUCCACGCAGGCGGUGACAUUUGUGAGUUCAGUCAGUAACGCUCUAUCUCUGUCCGGUGUAGAGGAUCAUGUCAAGAACUUCAGGCCUCAGAUCUUAGCUCUGACAGGUUCAGCACGAACCAGACCAGCUCUCCUAGACCUGGCUCACUCCUUCACUAAGAACUAUGGACUUUGUCUCACCUGUGAAGUCUUUGUGGGUCCCAGAUCAGAGGCCCUGGAAGAGAUGAACGCUGGCAUGGAGAAGAACCAGCUGUGGCUGAGGAAGACUAAACGAAAGGCAUUUUACGCCGCUGUGGCCUGUGACAACUUCAGGGAUGGAACUGAGAGCCUGCUGCAGGCUUCUGGUCUUGGCCGUAUGAAGCCUAACAUAUUGAUGAUAGGCUUCAAGAGAAACUGGAAGACUGCAGGCUCAGAGGCAGUGCAGAGUUAUGUGGGAAUCUUGCAUGAUGCGUUUGACUUUGAGUACGGGACAGCGAUGAUGAGGAUGAACGAGGGGCUUGAUGUGUCGCACAUCGUCGAGGCAGAAGAGGAGAUGCUAAAGGCGGCAAAGGAGCAACAGGCACUGGACAACGAGAUGGUGCAGAACGGAGGGAAAGCAAGAGGACUGUUCAGGAAGUCCAGGAAAUCUUCUCAGCAAGUGCUCACGACCAGAGUGUCAGUGUGCGGCCCUCCGCCCGCGCAGGUUGCCAAAAUGAAUGAGAAGCUGUUGGAGGCCAGUGCUCAGUUCAAGAAGAAACAGCCUAAAGGCACCAUUGAUGUGUGGUGGCUGUUUGACGAUGGAGGUCUUACUCUGCUGCUCCCCUACAUCCUCACUACCAGAAAGAAGUGGAAAGACAGUAAAUUAAGGAUCUUCAUCGCAGGGGAGCCUGGACGCAGUGAGCUGAAUAAACAGGAGAUGACGUCUCUGUUGCAGAAAUUCAGAAUUAACUGCACAGACAUCAAUGUCAUUGAUGACAUCCAUAUCCAACCCCGCACUGAGAGCUUGAAGAAGUUAGACGACAUGAUUGAACCUUUCCGUCUGCGUGAGCAGUCUAAAGACGCUGCUCAGGCGGAAGCCAUGCGGAAGGAAUGCCCCUGGAAAAUCACAGAUGAAGAGCUGAGCACCUUUGAGGAGAAGACCAACCUCCAGAUACGACUGAAUGAAUUGCUCCAGCAGAACUCCAAAUCAGCCAACCUGAUCAUUGUGAGCAUGCCCAUCGCUCGUAAGGAAUCUGUCUCUGAUUUCCUCUACAUGGCCUGGCUGGACAUUCUGACAAAGGACCUUCCACCCACCCUGCUCAUUAGAGGCAACCACAAGAGUGUGCUUACUUUCUACUCUUGAGCACCUUGCAGGCAAAACAUUAGAGUACAGGUAGCUAUAAAGGAAAUAAAUGGUAGCACCAUAAUAAUGGACCAUGUUCGCAAAGAGUACAAGAGCCUUUGAAUUAAGAUAUUCAGUCCGCUAAGCCAACAAUGUAGCACAUUCACACUAAAACAGUGCUAAGACAGGAAAAUAUAAGAAAUCAACCGGCAAAAUUGACAAAGGUAUAAUAAAAAGUAAUUUUCAGUCACAGCUAAACCUUGUUAAUAUUUUACCAUUAUUAUGUUUUUAUCACUUUGUUUGGUACAUGCUGUUUCGCCUGUGGCACGUGUGAAGUUGCAGCUAGUUUGCCAGCAAAGGAACCUCACAUUGUACUACGGCUAUCAGACUUCUUUAUGAAUGCUGUCAGUGAGAAACAAAUGUGGUAUAACUAAAGAAAAAUGCAUUCCUGACAUUAAAUUUAAAAAUGUCAGAGGAAA